UUUGUACAAGUGUAAUGUAACAAUACUUGUCAUUGUAAUCUAGGUACUGUGCGUAGGUCAUAGGCCUUAUUAAUAUUAUGGCUGACUUUUUGUUUUUACUAGGCUAGGCUUUUUCUUUAUGCCGUAGGCCUGGACUGGACGCUAAAUUCAACAUGGCAGCCCCCGUAGCUAAUGCACAUGAUGCGAAGCCUAAAAUAAUUAAAAGUGUUCCUAAAGACACAGACGAAAAAAGGUUGAUCGUUAUUCUUGAGAAGGCUUCUCUGGAAACAGUAAAGGUUGGCCAGAAGUAUGAGCUGCUGUCUUGUGACCGACACAGUAACAUUGGUGCAAGAGUCAAGAAAAAUGUUUCCACCUGCAGACCCGAUAUCACCCAUCAGUGCCUAUUGAUGUUGAUGGAUUCUCCCCUCAACAGAGCAGGCCUCUUGCAGGUGUACGUCAGGACAGAGAGGAAUGUUCUUAUUGAAGUCAACCCUCAAACAAGAAUACCUCGAACUUUUGACAGAUUCUGUGGCUUGAUGGUUCAGCUCUUAGACAAACUGAGCAUUCGGGCAAGUGAUGGACCCCAAAAAUUGCUCAAAGUCAUCAAAAAUCCUGUGAUUAGCCACCUCCCUACUGGAUGCCCCAAGUACGCCAUGUCAUAUAGUUCAGAAGAAAUAAUUGACGUUAGAGACUUUGUACCCAAAGAUGGACCCGCAGUCUUUGUCAUCGGAGCCAUGGCUCAUGGCAGUGUGUCACCGGACUACACAGAGCAUUCCUACUCCAUCAGUAACUACCCUCUGUCUGCUGCCAUCACCUGCGCCAAGGUGUGCAACGCGUUUGAAGAGAUCUGGGGAGUAAAAUAGUGCUAUGCCUCCCUCAGCCAUUGUACAGUUGUAUAUAUAAGAUAAUAAAUACUAGGGGGAAAAAAUGGCA